GUAGAAACGCACUUGUUCAGUGAUUAGGUAAAGAAAGGCUCAUCAGAUUGCUAAUUGGAAGAAGUUUUUAAUCCCUGACUCAGAUGUAGCUGUGCACAUGCAGUUACAUUAUUGUGUUACAGUUCUCAGUUCCGCUGUGGAAGGAGGUGGUACAUGGAGGAAUACUCUGUUUCUGGGUGCAGUUUUGGCUUGCUUAGUCCGUGCCUGGGGGACAGAUGGUACCUGUGCUCAUAGCUCUGCCAGGUUAGGGCUGCAAACACAGUUGCCCCAUACCAACAUCUGUACUGACUGAGCUCUUCUGCAGGUACCGAGCUUUGUUUUCAUGUCAGUACUGUAGACUUCCAGAACUGAGUUAAUCUGGAGGGAUUUAAAUCAGGUGAUGACUUGGUAGAUUCACAGGAUUCUUGCUUUAAAUAAAAAAAAAAAAAAUUGCACAAGGUUAAGAAAAAUAAAUUCAGGCUUGGGUUCAGUUUUUGUGUUCAACAUUGACCUGAUGAGUGGGAAGUUGUUCAGUUGGUGGUGUUCGGUUACUGGUUAUGACACUGAUGUCCUUAGGGUCCACUAAAGAAAAAUAAUGCAACCUGUUUGUGGAAUACAUGCUUUGUUUGUUGAAUAUCUCCCUGUCUACCAGUCCUGGGAGUUGUUCUACCUCUUGGCUGCCUUUCCCGUGAGGCCUGAAGCUGGUGUGGGAAGGAGGAGGCUGAGUACAGUACUAUGGCCCACAGAGGGGCAGCACAAGGUGAAGCUUUCUUUCCUUGAUGAAUGACAGUCACAAGGAGCAGGACUGAAUGUAUGUACAUCUUUUGGUAGUACAGGUAUUUCUAAUCUUACAGUGUCUUCUGAAAGUUUUAAGCUAAACUAGUUUGGGUUUUUUUGUGUGCUGAUACUUUGAUGGAUAGAAGGGCUGACCAGUGAGAUAGUUUUAAGUGUCAAUCCUGUAAAAUGUGGGAAUUUUGAAGAGAGGUGUCCUAUUUCCUUGCACCUGUACAAUUGGACAGCUGUAUACUGAUAUAUGUAGCAUCUAUGUACCUGUACACAUUACAUUAUAGAUUCCAUACUGUUUCUCUUUUUAAGCAAAACUUGUCUUGCUACUGUUUGCUCACUGUUCUCAAAUCUUCUCUUCUUAUAUAUAUUCACCUUGUAUAUGAUGUUACAGUUAACACUGAAAGAAUUUUCCAAAAUUACAAAUUUCCAAUUUCCAAAAUUAAAUUAAAAGGCAUUAUGCUGACUAAUAAUAUGUGUCCUGACCUCUAGUGGAGAGAAAUCCAUAACAAAUUUCUAAAUAAAUGCUAUUCUUCCGUGUUUAAAAUGAAGCUAUGAAAAUUAGUUUGCUUAUGCCUUGAUAGUGAAUAUUUACCUAAAUUUUAACUGAUUGUUAUAUUUAGACAUUAGAGUACAAAAUGCCAAUAAAUGAAAAUACUGCUUUGUAUUUUCAUUACUAUACUGUAGUAGUCUGCAAAAGAAUGCAAACAGGAAGUGAACAAACCACAUUCCUGAUUACUUUUUCAGGUAAUCUGGAUGUGUUCAAUUACAGUUUCAAAAUUUCUAGCCCUUAAUGCCAAGUUUUGUUGCCAUCAUAGCUGUGGUGUGGGUGGAAAAGCCCAACCAGAAAUGAGCAGAUCUAACUAAGCUACUUUGCAUGUUGUCAAUUGACUAUAAAUUGCAGUAGUCAUUGACUCAGUGGAACAAGCUACAUAAUUCAGGUAAGAGACUUGCAUGUUGCUGUAUCUAGCCACAGAUCUUCACUUAAUAUCAAUGUUCUUGUAAAUCACUUCUACCAGCCAUUUACUAACAGUGUUUUCAUAGCUUUUUAAUGAAUCCUGUUUAAUUUAUAACCUAUUUAAUAAGAUGUAAGAAAAAUGGAAUAAUAACUUCUUUUUUUUUUUUUUAAAUAUCAUUCAGACAUUUUCAGGUAUUCAUCACCCUUACGAGAGCACAUCUUGUUUCCCUGGAUUUUACUUUCAUCUGAAGAUUGGUGAGUCUCUAGUCUAACAGGAAAAUGUUCCUAACACUUGCAUUUUGCGCUUUGUGCAGGUGUUGAGGCAGCAGGUAACUGUUUUAUGUAACACUGUUACACGGCAGAGAUGUCAGUACUAAGCAACAAAUACUGCAAGUAUCUCUUCUUGAGGGGUUGUGCUGGUUUUGGUUUCUUGCUCUGGAGUGAUGUGCUGUAAUUUUUUUUUUUUUUGCUAUGUAGCAGACUUUGCUUCCUCAGUGUUUUUAAGUUGUUAGCGGUAGAAAGUUUUUAGGCAAUAACCCAACCUGUGUAAGUAGAAAAGGGAAAGUUGGCUGUCUACUAUUUUAUGAAGAGUGUAUAUUCACCUCUGAAUUUUUUGCAUGCAUAUUAAUGUGAAAUGGAUGUGUGUUCAUGCUUUUAGCCUACCUACAGAGGUACCUGUUUAAGAUGCAUGUGACUCCCACUCAUGCCUAGCAGCUAUAAAUGAAUUCUUCACUCACAGGAUUUCUGUUGUGAAAUCUGUGUGCGUUAGAAAAAGAGACAACUCUGCAUACAGAGGCAUUUUCAUAGAAUAUGUUGUGGGAAUAGGUCCAUAUGAAGUAAAAAUUCUCAGUAUAAAUAUGGCAGGUAUGAAGUCAUUAGAAAACAUUACAUUAUCCCCCUAUCCUUGUGAAGGAUUAAGGGAAUCCCUUUUAUGUUGUGGAACUGUGAUUGGAACGUUUGAAGCUCUGCCAGAUUUCUGUGAGUAUGGAAUCCAGAAGUUUCUAGUAACCUAGUUUAAUGUUCAGGUGUGGUUUCCAUUUUAGGGGAUUUAAUAGAACCUAAGUGCUUUAGACAGCAAUGUAUGGAUGUACAAGUGGAUGGUGAGUAAGAGCAUUUUUGGAUCCAUUCUGUGUAAGCAAGUAUUGCUUGCAUUCUGUGAGGAUGGCUCACAGAGAUUCUUUAAAAAUUAACUGGUUAUUUCAAAUGUAUUUUAAGUAGCUAUUAAGUAACAGUCAUUACAUUCUCAGCACUUAGGCUGAUCUUUAGCUGUUUGAAUAACAAUAUUGGGAAGGCACUAUAAUGGAGCUUCUUAUAAACCACUGCAAGAUUAUCUUUGUAAUAAACAUAUCAGAGUGAUUUGAGUAGUUACACCUGCUGUAAUGCUGCUCUGAAAAGAGGGUGUGAGGGUCGGCCAGUCUGAUUUACAGGUUUCUAGCAGGGCCCCAACAACUGUGUGCCAUCCCUUCUUUGUAUUACUAGGAUAUGCAUUUUUCCUUUAAUAAAUUGUUUAUUUCUUAACCCUCCAGCAGUAGGAUUGUUUUUAGUAUUUCAUGUCUGUGUUUAAUCUGCAGGUGAGCACAGAAGGAGCAUGAGGACCCAAGGAGAUGUUGUCAGAUUUAGUAGAAAUUCUCUCGUCUUUCUAAAUUCUCUAAACUUCUUGUAAAUCUUUGUAUGAGUGGAUGUAAUACCUGACAGACAUGGAAUUAAGACUGAGAUCCAUUCUCUGCACAAAUUUUCCAUCUUAUUAGGAUGAUAUAUUGAAUGAGGCAUCAAGUGAAUAGAGAGAAAACUAAUUUGUCUUUGGAGGCUCUUUGGCUAAAUGCAGAACCUGAUGGAUGGCAAAAGCUACUGUAACCUCAUCUGUGCUGAGGCUCAGCACAUCCAGCUGGCAAGGCCUUUCUGUGCAGACCCACUGGUCACGUUUCACGUGUACCCAGAAACACCAAACCAGGUCCCUUUGUCUGAAGAUUUGUCAUUCCUUCCUUUCAUGUCAGAGCAUCUCAUCACGGAGACCUUCUGCAGUGAGCCCUGCCCCUUUCCCUACCAAAUGCCCCAUUCCAGUCUCCACAGAAGUGAGUACUCCUAUGGGUCAGCUUUCAUCAGGAGGAGGAAUGAGAGGGAAAGGCAGCGUGUUAAGUGUGUCAAUGAAGGCUACGCCAGGCUGAGGCACCACCUGCCGAAGGAAUACUUGGAGAAGCGGCUCAGCAAAGUGGAGACCCUCCGUGCUGCUAUAAAGUACAUUAGGUACCUCCAGUCUGUGCUGUGCACUGAAUCUGUGGUGGCAGGAAAAGGUGUCAUGGAGCCAAACCAAGCACCUAAAGCCACUCACAAACAAGCGCAGUUUUUGAAGACGAUCUAAAGCGUUCCAAGGCAAGCCAAAGGCAUCCUGUCUGGGAAUGUAGUAGCCACUAUGUUAAUGACGUGCUUGUUCCUGGCACUUCCUAGGAGCAGAUCGUGGCCCACGUCAGUGUCAGCCCACACAAGAGCUUUAAUGUUGCAGAUAGUAACUACACUUAGAUAUGAGAAAGGCAGCUGGGAAAAUCUCAGCCGAAUGACCUAUGUUAAUUCAUGAAAAUCAGAAUGCAUUUUAAAUUUGUCACCAAGCUAAAAAUGUAACACCUAUAUGUGUGAAGUAACUAUGUAUCAUCACAACCUGCAUGCUUUAAAAUAAAAUCUUUCUACUUAUGGGACUGAAA